AUGUCCUUGCUUAGCAGUCGUCUAGCAUUGCAUCGUCAUAUAAUUCGUCGAAAUUUUGGUUUAACAUCGAUUAUUUAUCAGAAAACUGAUCCUGUUCAACAAUUAUUCGUUGAUAAAAUAAGAGAAUAUUAUGCGAAACAAAAGAAAACAUCUGAUGGUCUUGUUGAUGCGACAUCAGAAACUCGUAAAAGUUUGGAAGAUACAUUAUCUAAAUUAAAAAAUGCCUAUGGAGCAGAAACGGAGGAUCUUUUAACAUUACCAAAGUAUUCGUUUAAAGAUCCUCAAUUAGAUGCUGUUGUUGAUAAAACGAAAAAGUCGAUGACACAACGCCCAAUAGUAUUAAAAACUGGUGAUUUAGAAAAGUAUAGUGGUUCAUAUGAUACAUGGUCAAUUAAAUCAAAACAAAGUAAAUUAGAACAAGAACGAAAAUUGCAUGAUGAACGACCUAAAGCAUCAUUACCGGGUUAG